CGUGGCGUUAAACCCCCCCGACCCCAACCGGGCAACCACCCCCAUCCAUCCGUCCCAUUCCCACCCGAACCCCAAACGAAUUUCCCAAACCAAAUCCCAUUCCAUUCCCCGUCCGUUUCGGUUUCGGUCUGGGAUUUUGAAACGGGGAGGCGGAAUGCUCGACCGAUCCCUCAGGCCGCCGCAGCCGCAGCAGGCGGCGGCGGAGGCGGAGGCGGGCCCCGGCGGUGGCGAGGGAGGGGGGAACGUGGAUCGGGUGCUGUUCAAGAACCUCGUCGAGAUGGUGCCGCUCGUGGAGUCGCUCAUGGACCGGAGGUCGAACCCGUCCUACUCGAGGCGCGCGUCGAUGGUGUACACGCCGGCGCCGGCGAAGAAGGGUUCUGAUUUGAAGAGUGUGAAGUCGCCGCAAAGUGUGUCGGUGAAAAAACGGAGGGAUCCUGGAGAGACGGGCAAGAAGAGCACCGCCGACUCCAAUGGUGAGAAUGGCGCGGUUGCGCCAGUCGGUCUGUUGGGGGGAGAAAAUAAACCCAAGGAUAAGGAUGAGAUCGUUUUGCUGCGUGAGCAGAUCGAAGAGUUGCAAAAGACGCUGCUUGAGAAAGAGGAAGCACUGAAAUCCGCGGAGAGUUUGGUGGGUGAGAUGAAUACAUUAUAUUCGACAGUAGAUGAGCUGAGACGCCAGGUUGCUGACAAGGAAGGUUUGAUCAAAUCUAUCAAUUCUCAGCUGCACAAUGCGAAGAUUAUGCUUGCAGACAAGCAAGCAUCAUUAGAGAAAUUAGAAUGGGAGGUGAAGACGUCAAAUAAGAAAGUAGAAGAUCUUCAAGGGGAUGUCUCCAAUAUGGAGUUUGAGAUAGGUUCGUUGAUGGCAUUAUUCGAAAAAAUUUCGGAGAAUGUUUCAGGUGAACUCCAAGAUGGUAGCUUGCCAUCAUCUUUUGAAUUGGAAGCACUUCAAUCAACUAGCGAAAUCGACAAGAUUGAGGUUGAGAAGAUAGAGCAAGAAGCGGUUACAUAUGCCGAAGCUCUUGCUGCAGCAAGAGAGAACCCAAACGAGGAGCAGCUGAAUAUAGCUGCGGAAGCACGGUUAAGGCUGCAGGUCCUUGUGCUAUGAUGCGCCAAGUGCAUAUUGUAGUGUAUGUGUAUGAUAAUGUCGAAUCGCUGAUGUAAUUAUGUGUGCGUGCUUGAUCGAGUUUAUUUCAUGUGAGACCGUACUGACGGUAAUCGAUCAAGCACCAGAUACUGGACACUUAUUUAAUUGGAGAUGAUGUUUAUUCAGUUCUGA